GGGCGCGGGCCCGCGGCGGUCGUUGCUAGGGCCCGGCCGGGCUGACUCCGCCUCUGCGCGUCCGGAUCUCCGCGGGCGCGGGUACGGGUCGGCUUAGGAGUCUGCGGGUCCGGCCGGCGUGCCCGGGUCCCGCCCCUCCUCCCGAGCGGCGUCCCGGUCGCGGUCGAGCCUCCCCAGCGACAGGCGCCCACCCCCGCCCGUCCCCCCAGGCCCUGCCUGCGGCCCGCCCUGGGAUCGGCGUCGGGGAGCCCCGAGGGGCCGCGGUACCCGGGGCCCGGGCCAUGCGGCAGCCCCCCCCGCCGCUCCGCGACCGCUCCCGGCCCGAGCGGGGGCCGCUGCGGCGUUUCUGCUCCGCGCUGCGCCGCCGACCCCGGACCCGGCAGCCGUGACCCCUCCCGGGAGGGCCCGACCAUGCCGUCCAAGGCGGCGAGCCUGCGGCCCCCGGAGCCGGCCCCGCAGCCGCCGGGAGGGAGGACGCUCCAGGGACCGCUUCCCGGCGCCGACGGAGCGCUGGCCCCGCGCGAGGGGUCCCCACCCGACGCUCCGGGCCCCGAGAGCCCCGCGCUCGGCGGCGAGGGACCCCCGGCCCAGGCAGCACCCAUCGCCCCGCGGCCCCCCGCCAGGCCUCGGCUGGAGCGAGCCCUGUCCCUGGACGACAGAGGCUGGAGGAGGCGGCGAUUUCGAGGCAGCCAGGAGGACCUGGAAGCCCGGAAUGGGACCAGCCCCUCCAGGGGCUCCGUGCGGAGCGAGGGCCCCGGCGCCCCCGCCCACAGCUGCUCCCCGCCCUGCCUGAGCGCGUCCCUACAGGAGAUCCCCAAGUCCCGCAGGGUCCCGGGCAGCGAGAGGGGGAGCCCGUCAUCGGGGAGUGACCCCCUCUCCGGGGUGGCCGCUAGCGCCCCGAACCUCCUGCACAGAGACGCCACCGUGGCGGGGAGCUCGCCCAGGCUGGCCAGCCUGCUGCCUCCGCGCCCCCUGCCUGCCCUGGGCCUGGACAUCGCCUCCGACUCCCUGAGGACGGCAAACAAGGUCGACCCGGAUCUUGCAGACUACAAGCUCCGCGCGCAGCCCCGCCUGGUGCGGGCCCACAGCAGCCUGGGCCCCGGCCGGCCCCGGAGCCCCCUGGCCUGCGACGACUGCUCCCUUCGCUCGGCCAAAUCGCCCUUCAGCCUCCUGGCGCCCAUCCGCACCAAGGACGUCCGCAGCAGGAGCUACCUGGAGGGCAGCCUCCUGGCCAGCGGGGCCCUCUUGGGGGCAGAGGAGCUGGCCCGAUACUUCCCAGAUCGGAACGUGGCACUCUUUGUGGCCACCUGGAACAUGCAGGGCCAGAAGGAGCUCCCGCCCAGCCUGGACGAGUUCCUGCUCCCGGCCGAGGCCGACUACGCCCAGGACCUGUACGCCAUCGGGGUCCAGGAGGGCUGCUCCGACAGGCGGGAGUGGGAGACUCGCCUGCAGGAGACACUCGGCCCGCACUAUGUGCUGCUGGCGUCCGCCGCCCACGGCGUGCUCUACAUGGCGCUGUUCAUCCGUCGGGACCUCAUCUGGUUCUGCUCAGAGGUGGAGUCCUCCACGGUCACCACACGCAUCGUGUCCCAGAUCAAGACCAAGGGGGCCUUGGGCGUCAGCUUCACCUUUUUCGGCACCUCCUUCCUCUUCAUCACGUCCCACUUCACCUCUGGCGACGGGAAGGUGGCGGAGCGGCUGCUGGACUACACCAGGACCGUGCAAGCCCUGGCCCUGCCCAGAAACGUGCCAGACACCAACCCCUACCGCUCCAGCGCAGCGGACGUCACCACCCGCUUCGACCAGGUGUUCUGGUUCGGAGACUUCAACUUCCGCCUGAGCGGUGGGCGCGCAGCCGUGGAUGCCCUCCUGGGCCGGGGCCUGGCAGUGGAUGUACCAGCACUGCUGGAGCACGACCAGCUCAUCCGGGAGAUGAGGAGAGGGUCCAUCUUCAAGGGCUUCCAGGAGCCGGACAUUCACUUCCUCCCGUCGUACAAGUUUGACAUCGGGAAGGACACGUACGACAGCACCUCCAAGCAGAGGACGCCCUCCUACACGGACCGCGUCUUGUACCGAAGCCGCCACAAGGGUGACAUCUGUCCAGUGAGGUACUCCUCCUGCGCCGGGAUCAGGACGUCCGACCACCGCCCUGUGUACGGCCUGUUCCGGGUGAAAGUGAGGCCCGGGCGAGACAACAUUCCAUUGGCAGCCGGCAAAUUUGAUAGAGAACUGUACUUGAUAGGAAUUAAAAGACGGAUUUCGAAGGAAAUUCAGAGGCAGCAGGGGCUGCAGAGUCAGAGCUCCAGCACCAUUUGUUCAGUUUCUUGAAGUUUGCUGAACAAGGACUCAAAACUGCAACAUGGGAUGGUUGUAUCUUAGCAAAACCCACUGGGAAGAACAAAGAAUUGGCCACCUUUUGGGGACCCGAGAACCAAUGCCGGGCCAUGGGACUGGCGCCCGGGCCGCUGUGCCUGCAUCCCCGGAAGGAAGCCACCCCUCACAGCCGAGCAAGCCCACCCUUGUCCAUGGCAGGUCCGCCAGCAUGGGUGGGCAGGGCUUACACCCGCCUGGCGGCACCACACCCCAGCCACUCUGGGUGACAUCAGAAUCCGGUCCUCAGCAGCUCCCAUGCCCUGGGGAGUCACCGGGCCCCGUGCUCUGCACCGGCCUCUCCACACCCGCGGCAGGCGCCCAUCUGUGUCCUCCUGCCAGCGCCUCAAACACACACCAAGGGCUGGGUCCUUGCUUGUCUGAUCACCCCAUGUCACACAGGUGCCCAGAGUGAGGCUGGGUUUGGAGUGGGUGACCCUCAGGCCUCAGGCCUCAGAGCGGGCCCCAGAGCCCAGCUGAGGAAGCCACAGUUUCCAGGAUGUGUCGUGGUUCACACCCCACGAGGCUGCAGGUCGCCUGCCUUGGGGCGAGGAGUCCAGCACCCCAGCAUAAGGGCCGCCCCCGCCCCCGGAGUAAGAAGCCACCUCCCCUCUCCUCUCAUAGGCCAAGCCUGCAGGUGAGAAAGCCUCUCAUGGCUUUGGUGACUUAGACCAUUAGCUUCUGUAACUAUAGCCACAGAAUGAUGUUAAUGGAGCCUUGUGGAGCCUGGCCAGGAAACUGCUGGAAGCCUAGGAUGCCACCACCUUGAACACCAAGGGCAGGGAUCCCCCCACGUCCAGGCUCUUUCUUAGAGAGUUCAGACACAUCCAUCCCCACAGCCCCAGGCUCUGCCUGGACAGUUUCGAUCCAUUCAUUGUUUUCUGUCCCAUCCCAUCUCUUGAAAAAAAUGUAGUCUUUGAAUGUGAAAAUCUAGGCACAUUCAAUCUAGUCUUCUAAAUUAUUUAUUUUUCCAUAUUUAUAUUUUUAAAUAAAUGCAUAUAUUGACUCUAAA